CGUAGUUAUUUCUUUUUUAUCAAUUGUUGUUGAGAAUUUGGAAUUCUUUUACUUAUAUAUUAAGAAUAAUAUUAACCCCGAUUGUUCUUUGUUCUUGUAGCAAUAAAGCAUAUCUCGUACUAUUCUCUUAAGCGCUUAAUACUACUUUUUGCGUGUAUCUAAAAAAAAACUAAAAUGGGACAGACCGGUUCGGCUUUAUAUGAACAACGUCGUGAGUGUCGCGCCUAUUAAGUACAGUACUAUGUCUAGAACACAAUUGCUAGACCUAUUACAAGUAAACAAUUAUUCAAGAAGACUUGGUGAUCGGUUUGAUAUCAUCGUGAACAGUGAUUUCGCUGGAAUCACUGCUGAUGAUGGUACAUCACCUAUUCACUUUAACACAAUAAAUCAUGUCCUUGAUGAAGUGAACGGCAGAGCGGGUUACCACGGAUCUUUUCAAUAUGGUUAAGGCUUCAUAUGAUCCAUAUAUAGGAGCUAAUUUCUAUGUAACUUCAAGUGAUCCAGAAAGUAAUGGCGAUUCGGCAUAAAGGCUACAUGGAAUAUCAGAGCUUUAAUAGACGCGCUUCCUCAUCACAAGAAUCGCACCGAAAGUAAGAUUAUCCCUAUUUAACGAAAGAACCUUAGGAAUGAUGUAGGAUUUCUACCAUGACAUUAAGAAACUUAUGAAUUUUUCAAAUGAUACUUAAAAAUUGAAAAACUAAAGACAUAUUUACAAGUUUACUUGAAUCGAAACGAGUAAACAAGUCAUUAAUAUACGAGUGCUGAAAGAGUAGUUUUUGAUAGUCCAAGUUAAAAAGAUCUAGCUGGUUGAACUAAUUAAUUUGUUUCACCAAUUCAAUAACC